AUGCAUAAUGUAGCUCAUCUUGCUGACGAUGUGGAAUUUACUGGUCUACCUACGAGUCAAUUUUCAGCUUAUGCUUUUGAAAAUUUUUUAGGUAAAAUCCGAAAGUUCAUACGAUCUGGACAUUUACCUCUCGCUCAAUUCGCAAGACGUUACUUAUGUGAGCAGAAAAUUACUCGCACAAAAACUCCUAUGAAACCUAUGUUUGAAAUCCUGAAGCGACAAAAUUACAAAAUCAAAGCCUUGAAAUACAGGAGUUAUUUUAUUCGUCCAACAGCACCUGACAAUAUGGUAUUGUUAAUAAAUUCUGAUGUAUUUGAAAUUAGAAAAGGACGGACUUUAUUUAAAAUGCGAGGAAAAGUCUGGAGCAUUAAAAAACCAACUUUUGAAUAUCCAUGUGAUUCAAUUAUUCGUAAUAUGGUUGAGUGUAGUAAAAUUUCUGAUUCUCUGAAAACAUUUGAAGUUAACCGUAUUUACAAAAAAUUGGUGGCUUUGGAAUUAAAAUCUUGUGAUCGUAGGCCAAUAAAAUUUGUGCUUAAAGAAGAAUGGAUAACCAGUACUUGUAACUCUUAA